AUGUCUAAUCCAGUAGACAGUGUAUCUUUACUGAAUAAACAUCACUGCCAAGUGAACUCACCUCCAUCUAAUAACUCCGCGGAGAACUCACCGUAUUCCUUUACAGACACUCCAUUAGACGAUCAAUUCAUAUUGGAAGAGGAAUACCCAGGUCUCCCUAAUCUCCCCACUAGCAGCAUCAGCCAUCGUCGUCAUAAUAAUAAUAAUAAUAAUAAUAAUAAUAAUAAUAAUAAUAAGGAAAAGGAUAAUAAUGAUGAGAACAGUGUAAAUGAUCCUCCUCUCGAUGGAAGUCAUUAUGAUAAUACGGAUCUACACAAUAAUAAUUAUCAUCCCAUUUCUAUUAUGGCGACCCAAACACGUCGGCGGCGCAGCGGCGGGGGGAUUUCCGUCUGUUCAUUUAAUGAUGAUAUCACCGGCGAUGCGUCGCUGGCAAACACCGCAGAUUCAGAGGAACUCCACCGCAUAGAAAAUCUCAUUGCUCGAAUGGAACAACAACGACUACAAAAUAAUAUUAAUAAUAGUAUUAAUUAA